UUUAUUUUAUCAUUUCAUAACAAUGGCUGAAUACCUUGCGAGUAUUUACGGUACUGAAAAGGACAAAGUCAACUGUUCUUUUUAUUUCAAGAUUGGUGCUUGUCGACACGGUGAUCGUUGUUCCAGAAAACACGUUAAACCUACUUUCUCACAAACACUGUUGAUUGCCAACAUGUAUAAGAAUCCUGCUCAUGAUCCCAGCAACCACAUGAAUGAAAACCAACUUCAAAAUGACUUUGACUUGUUUUAUGAAGAUGUGUUUAUGGAACUUGCCAAGUUUGGCGAAGUGGAAGAAAUGGUGGUAUGUGAUAACGUAGGUGAUCACUUGGUCGGUAAUGUGUACUGUCAAUUCAGGCUAGAAGAAUCCGCUGGUAAUGCAGUGACUAGUCUGAAUAAUCGAUUUUAUGCAGGUCGUCCUAUAUAUGCCGAGUUAUCACCAGUGACUGAUUUUAGAGAAGCUUGUUGUCGACAACAUGAAAUUUCAGAAUGUAAUCGUGGUGGUUUCUGUAACUUUAUGCAUUUGAAACAUCCAUCGCGUCAAUUACGCCGAGAAUUAUAUGAAGGGCAGCGUUUAGAUACAAGAGAGAAACGCAGAGAAGAAAUGCGACGUGAAGAUGAAGAAAGAAGAAGAGAUAGAGAUCGUGAUAGAGAUAGAGGAGAAAGAGAAUACCCUGAUGAAAGAAUGGAUUAUUGAUGAUUAUUUUAUUUUAUUUCUUUUUUAGUUUUGAUAAGGAGAUUUGCCUACACAUUCUGCAACAGUAGCAAAUUUG